UUUCUUCUCCCAGCAACCGCACUGGAACCGCAUCACGAUCCACUUGAUACUCUCCACCUGGAUUGUAUUUUCUGUAAAGAAAGCAUGGACACAGCGACAUAAACAGCUAUGUUCCGAUUUAAUAGAAACAACAGUUCUAGGCUGUACAGAAACGGGGAAGUAGCAUUCCUUAAACCCCACCACCCUACCAUGGAGUACCUUGGCCACACCCAAACCGCCACCUACAUGACUGGGCCCAAGAACAACACCCAGACAGACUUCCUCCCGUCUAUAAGCACCAUGCGCUCCUCCUAUAAGGCGUAUGACACCUACCCGGCCCCAUCUCCGCUCAGGAGGUCUCUCACCACCCUCCCAUGGAGACCCAGCACGUACUACCAGACCGCAAUGGUGAACCCCAACUCGGCCUUGACGCGCAGCAUGCCUGACCCGAUGUCAGCUAGGAACCAGCUCACUCAACUGGAUAGUAUUAAAGUACCCCCAGUGUUCGCUGCUGCCAGGAAUGCUCUCUACACCCGCUACACCCCCAAUGAUUGGAGUUCGUCUAACCAGAGCAACUACUUGUCGUCUGACAGGGUCAGGAGCGGGGCCGAACGUCUGAGGUUCGACACCGUCCGUCUGUGCCGUGAGACAGACGACAAGACCCGCCGUACCCAGACCGAUGUGGGCAAGCGACUUGGCGAGAGGAUCGGGGACAUCACCUUCUGGAAGACAGAACUCAACCAUGAGACCGACAACAUGAUCACUGAGACCAACUCUCUGCAGGAGACCAAGAGGAUCAUGGAGAAGGCUCUGGCUGAGACAGAGAACCCACUUCACAUCUCACAGGAGUGUCUGUACAACAGAGAGAAGAGGCAGGCCAUCGACCUGGUGCAUGACAACCCAGAGAGGGAACUCAUCAAGGAGGUGGAUAUCAUCAAGCGAUGCCAGGACAGGAUGAGGAACGUCAUCGACAAGGCUAAUGUCCAGCUCAGUAUUAAUCGGGCUGCUCAGCACGAGAUAGAAAUGGAUGAGCGAGACAAACAGAUAGCGGAGGUCGUGGACACAGAAUGCCACGGGAUCAAGAACUCCUCCAGAGGCAUAGCGUACCACAACGGCAUUCAUACAAUAGACCCCACCGUCUCUGUGCCGGAGACGUGGGCAAAGUUCAGCAACGACAACAUCCAGCGUUCCCAGAGCGAGCGCGCCGCCUCCAAGCAGUUGAGAAAUGAGAUUGAGAGCGUGCUCAACUCCUGCGCCAACGAGAUGUGGCAGGAGUGGAACGCCGUCAAUGUGGCCCUCACACACAGGAUGCAGGAGACCACAGACACCAGGAACAAACUCCAGACCCAUCUGUCCAAGGUCCUGCAGGAGAUCUUCGACAUGGAGAAGAACAUCGAGCUGCUGAAGAAGGCCACCCAGGACAAGCAGGCGCCCAUGCAGGUCGCCCACACCAGGCUCGACACCAGGAUCCGCAGACCCAACGUUGAGCUCUGCCGCGACCCAGUCCAACACAGACUUGUGGAAGAGGUCGGCGAGAUCUCUGACACCGUGGAUUCACUCCAGGCCAAGCUGCGCAUGUCUGAGAAUGCCCUCCAGGAACUCCUUCGAACCAAGUCCGCCCUGGAACAGGACCUGUCCGUCAAGAACAACAGCCUCUUCAUCGACAGAGAGAAGUGCCUGGGCAUGCGCAAAACCUUCCCCAUGUCGCCACGCAUUGUCUCUGUGUAAUGUCGCCUGAAAAUAGCUCUCUCACUGAUUGUUAUAUUGACUCAUCUGUGAUGAACUUGUAUGGGGACAUGUUAACACCUUUUAUUGUCUGUUUCAAAGGACAUAAACAUGUUGUUAUCAAUUCAAGCAGAACUGUUCCAAAUGUCCACUUCACAGUAUUGUUUUCUUUUGAACCAAAUCGAAUCAGUAUUACGUUUGCCACUGCUGGAAAGGUUUCAUAUUGUCCAUAAUUAACGAGUUUGUUGAGAUGCAACAGUCCGUCCAAUUACAAAUUUCCAGGAUCUAUAUCAUAUAUUGUUGUCUCAAUGUAAUCAAAGUGGUUUUGUACACAAGCUUUAUUGUAAAUAGACCGAUUUCUUACUGUGUGGUUGACGAACCGAGCUGCAAAUUGUUCACUUAAGUACUUUGGGUUUUUUAAUGCAGAAACUGAUGUAAAAACAUUUUUUGCAAUUUACAUAAUUUUCCGUUUAGGGUGUGAGUGUUUUUAGUGUAAAACCCAUUUAUCCUUUUGAAAACAAUUUAAUUCAAAGGUUUAUGACAGCGUCAUACUUGUAUAUAUACAUUUAUAUAUAUUUCUUUUGGAGUUAUGUUUCACCAAGAUCUGUGAUAUACAUCUUGAUUCCAUGCACUGUACUACAUGUAUCUACACGUGUGAUUGUUCUUUCCACACACCGCCUUUCUCUCCUGUCUCUGCUUGCUUUAUUCAGAUGUUUUAUUUUUAUUGUAAAAAGAAUUUUACGAAUACAGUAUGUGAGUUAUAA